AGCAAUUCAAUUUAAAUCUCCCCCUCCCUCCCCCCACUAUAUAUAUUUAUAUUCCCCCUUCCGCCCUUUAAACACCUCCUCCUCAGCCGUCCCCAACUACUUCUCGCGGUGGUCUUUAUUUCUUCUUCAUUCGCCGCCGCUCCUUCACUUCCCUCAAGCGAUGAGCAGGAGGAACGGGAACGGGCCGAAGCUGGACUUGAAGCUGAACCUAUCGCCGCCAACGAGGAUGAGCCGCUCGCCGAUGGAGUCCCCGGGGCGGUCGUCGUCGGGGUCGCCGCCAAGCUCGUGCGUGUCGUCGGAGGAGGAGUGUCCCCGGCGUUACUGUAGCAGCCCGGAGGUGGCGUCCAUGGUCCUGGUGGGGUGCCCCAGUUGCCUCAUGUACGUGAUGGUGGCCAAAGACGACCCGAAAUGCCCCAAGUGCAAAAGCACCGUUUUGCUUGACCCUUUCUAUGACCACAACAAGAACUCCACCAAGAGUUAGUUAGGGUCACCCUCAAUCAUUAAAUUCCAUCAUUAUUAUUAUUAUUAGUAAUAUUUAAUGUUAAUUAGGGUAGUAGUCAAUCUCAUCAUAAUAUUAUAUUAUUAUGUACGAAAUGAUAUUUGCAUUCCAAUUUUUGUUUCUAACACUGCAAAAAAAAAACAAUAUUCGUGUUAGAGGAGAUUGGAGUGUGAAUAUCGUUUUCUUAUAUUAUCUGAUCUGUUUAAUUAAUUAUUACUAAGAAGAAGAUGAGGGGGAAAAAGUGCUAAAAUGGGAUUGAGUGAAUUAACGUAAAUGUUAUUAUCAUUAAUUAGUAUUACUCCCUAUGAUUUUUGCACCCAAGAAAAAAGUUAGUAUUUU